AUGCCUGAGAUAUGCUCAGCAAUUGAAUCACUUCGUUCUGUUGCUGGCCCAAAACUGGAGCUGUGCUACGAGCUCCGUUGGCUCGGAGGUGGGUUAUUUGGGGGCGUCUUCGAGGCCACGCUGCAGGAUGGCUGCAAAGUUGCCGUCAAAGUGCCAUCUCACAGCAGUGGACCACACAGCCCUGAGCAGAACUUGAGGCAAUUGGUCGAGGACGCGCGGGCAGCCAGCGCGCUGUCGCACCCCAAUCUGAUCCAGCUGUUGGGGUGGACACAGAUGCCUGUCCCCGCUUUGGUCUGGGAGCUGCUACCUGGGUCCUUGCCCAUGGCAUUGGCAGCGAUCGCUUCCAGGUCCUCAGCGCUAGACCCGACGCAACUGAUGUCACAAGUUCAGUCGGCGUCGGCGUACUGCAGCAAGCAGCUGCACGCCUUAUGGGACAGUCCGCCGGUGGAGGCGCGGUUGGAUGCCAAUGAUAAUCUGGUCCUCACGGACUGCUUCAUGCGGCCAUCCGAGCACGACGGAAAUCUGGCCUCCCUCCCACCCCCGCUGCGCUGUGGCGGAGCGGCCCGGGGGCUUCUCCUCAAGCAGUUAGGCCGGAAGACAGUCUCGAUGUCUGUGAAUCUCCACGUCACAGCGCAUCACCUUCUGUGCCUGGAGCUGGCGGUGCAAGGAUCAACCAGUGAAGCUUUGGCAGCAGGGCGAGCCUGCCCUGAGGAAGGGGUCAUGCAGCUGCAUGAUGGGGAGAUCCGCGGACUAGUAUCCAGGCUGUUCCGUUGGGGGUCCAACUUGGCGAAGGGCCUCUUGUUUGGCAAGCUCAAGAUGAAAGAGUUCCUCACUGGCCCAAAGCCAUCAAUCUCCUGGCUGGAAUGGGGCAUGCAGGAGUGUACGCGGUGGGCGGAGGACUUUUUCGACUACUUACCGCAUCAAGUGGCAACACAGUUGCUUUCGCCGUGGGGCGGACGACUGUUGUAG